AUGCACGUACCGGAGACGGAUUAUGUGGCGGCGGCGGAUGCGGCUGUGAACAAGUUCAAGAGGGUGAUUUCUCUGCUGGGUCGGACCCGAACAGGGCACGCCCGGUUCAGGAGAGCCCCUGUGGCGACUUCUCCGCCGCCGUCGUCUUCUUCGUCUCCCAAUUCUGUACUUCCCAACACUUCUACUGAUAACUCUACUAAAAUCUACUGCCCCACUCCAAUUCAACAAGUCCCUCCUCCCGAUUACCAUCAUAAGCUGGAGAAUUUGAAAGAAUCGGGUUCGAAGACGAUCAGCUUCUCUUACUCGCCGGUGAUUUCUCGCGCGAACUCGUUUAUGUCGUCGUUGACUGGCGCUGACACGGAAAUCAGCAAGCAGCAGCAGCAGCCGUCUUCUUCCUCGGCUUUUCAGAUAAUCAGCACUCUUUCUCAGGUCUCGAAUUCUGCCGGAAAGCCUCCUCUUUCGACUUCAUCUUCGUUUAAGAGGAAGUGCGCUUCGUCGGAGAACGGCGUCUCCGGCAAGUGCAGCCCCCCCCCCAGCCGCUGCCACUGUUCCAAGAGAAGGAAACUGAGACUAAAGAGGGUGAUUAGGGUUCCGGCAAUCAGCAUGAAGAUGGCUGACAUCCCACCUGAUGAUUACUCGUGGAGAAAGUACGGCCAGAAGCCCAUCAAAGGUUCCCCACAUCCUAGGGGUUACUACAAGUGCAGUAGUGUGAGAGGCUGCCCAGCUAGAAAACACGUAGAGAGGGCUGUGGAUGAUCCCACGAUGCUCAUUGUGACCUACGAAGGAGAGCACAAUCACGCCAUCUCCGUCAACGCAGAAACACCUAGUACCUUGAUUUUAGAGUCUUCCUAGAUAAAUACUUCAUUAAUGGAUGUAUCUUAAUUAUUAGGAGCAGACAGUACUAAUUAAUUACGUGGAGUUCAUAGUAUCGCUCUGUCUAUCUCGAAGGAGAUAAGGUUACUUAAUUUGUUGAGUUGUUUUGUUCCUUGUACAACGCUGGAUUGAAUUCCCUGUUUUUCUUCCUUUCUUUAAUCGUUCUACGCCAAUGUGAACUAUCAAAGAAAAGAAAAGCGCAUAUACAUACUAUAUAUAUAUAUAUGUGUGUGUGUGUGUGGUGGAUUUGGUGUGUUUUGGCAUAUUUCUAAAGCCAAAAUUAAGGUGGGGAUUAUAU